AAUAAAAUAAAAUAAAAUGCAGCACAUUUCCUUCUCCUUCUCCUUCAUCAUUUUGGUUCUCACAAUUUCCCAUCAAACUGCAAGUUCCGUUUUGAUCAACCCAACAUCACCGUCCGACAUAAUCAACCAAACAUGCAAGAAAUGCGCAGACAAAUCCUCAGUCUUCAGCUACAGCUUCUGCUCAGCCUCUCUUAAAGCCGUCCCAGUCAGUCGCGCCAUCACCAACCUCCAAGGCCUGGCUCUGGUGGCCAUGGAGCUCGCAAUCGAGAACGCGACGAGCACCAUUUCCGCCAUCAAACAGCUUCUCGGUAACGAGACUCCGGCGCCUUUCGACCCCCUCUCCUCACGCUGCUUGGAGGAUUGCCUGGAGUUGUACUCGGACGGCGUAGAGACGCUCGUGGGCGCCAUGGUUGCCUUCCUCGGGGAGCGCUAUGACACGGCGCGCGUGUGGCUCAGCGCGGUCAUGGACGCAGCGGAGACUUGCGAGGAAGGGUUUAAGGAGAUGGGGAGGGAAGCUGUGAAUCCGUUGGAGACUGAGAACUAUCGCCUUUUUCAGUUGUGUGAUAUUGCGCUUUGCAUUGGCCAUUUGCUUACUUCUCAUGAAGGAUUGUAA